AUGACAUCGAGCUGGAAAAAUUCCUUGGGCUGCCCUUGUUCCGAGCGCAGUUCUCUGGAAGACAGCGGCAGGCCAAAGAGUACGGCUGCGGAGCAGCCAAAAGGAAACAGCCGGCUGAUCCAAAGGAAUCUCGAGCAGCCAGAGGUUGACGAAGUUGGCUUUGCUCCCAGUGCUGAGCAGUUGGGAGAGCAAAGGAACUUCUGGCUGAAUUCACGCGCUCGGAAGAUGUUGACGGAAGAGAAUUUCCAAACAAAAGUUGUGCCUGAAAAGAAAAAGGAAAGGAAAAAAGAACAGAACAAAGAAAUUAGCACUUACAGAUUACGGAAGAGAGAAAGAAAAGUAUACAUGGAAAUAAAUGAACCAAAUGAUGAUGAUUACUUAUUUUGUGAAUAUUGCCUGACAUUCUUUGUUGAUGAGUGUUCUGUUCAUGGUCCUCCACUUUUCAUCAGAGACACAGCAGCUGAACUAGGCCUGGCAAAUAGAGCCAGCUGCACUUUACCUUCAGGUUUUAGAAUUGGCCUUUCAAGUAUCCCCAGAGCUGGUUUUGGAGUCUGGAAUGAAAGUGAAACAUUGCCUCCAGGAAUUCAUUUUGGACCAUACGAAGGGACAAGAACAGAGGAAGAAGCAGCAGCAAACAGUGGCUAUUCCUGGCUGAUUACCAGAGAGCAGAAUUGUUACAUUUACAUUGAUGCAAAAAAUGAAACUAAUUCCAACUGGAUGAGGUAUGUUAACUGUGCCAGAAAUGAGGAAGAACAAAAUCUUGUUGCUUUCCAGUAUCAUGCGGAAAUAUACUACAGAACAUGUAAAGUAAUUCAACCUCAAUCUGAGCUCCUGGUUUGGUAUGGAGAAGAAUAUGGAAAGGAACUUGGCAUCAAAUGGGGAUCUAAAUGGAAAUCGCUAAAUGGUAUAAUGGAGUGUGGCAAAGGCUUUAGCCAAUCAGUUCACCUGGCCACUCACAUGCGGACGCAUACAGGAGAGAGGCCGUAUUCAUGUAGGGAGGAGUGUGGCAAAGGCUUUAGCCAAUCAGUUCACCUGGCCACUCACAUGCGGACGCAUACAGGAGAGAGGCCGUAUUCAUGUAGGGAGUGUGGCAAAAGCUUCACUGUCUCAUCAAGCCUGGCCACUCACAAGCGAACGCAUACAGGAGAGAGGCCGUAUUCAUGUAGGGAGUGUGGCAAAAGCUUCACUGUCUCAUCAAGCCUGGCCACUCACAAGCGAACGCAUACAGGAGAGAGGCCGUAUUCAUGUAGGGAGUGUGGCAAGAGCUUUAGCCAAAUAGCACACCUGACUAAACACAAGCGGACACAUACAGGAGAGAGGCCGUAUUCAUGUAGGGAGUGUGGCAAAAGCUUCACUGUCUCAUCAAGCCUGGCCACUCACAAGCGGACGCAUACAGGAGAGAGGCCGUAUUCAUGUAGGGAGUGUGGCAAAAGCUUCACUGACUCAUCAAGCCUGGCCACUCACAUGCGGACGCAUACAGGAGAGAGGCCGUAUUCAUGUAGGGAGUGUGGCAAGAGCUUUAGCCAAAUAGCAACCCUGACUAAACACAAGCGGACGCAUACAGGAGAGAGGCCGUAUUCAUGUAGGGAGUGUGGCAAAAGCUUCCCUGACUCAUCAAGCCUGGCCACUCACAUGCGGACGCAUACAGGAGAGAGGCCGUAUUCAUGUAGGGAGUGUGGCAAGAGCUUUAGCCAAAUAGCACACCUGACUAAACACAAGCGGACACAUACAGGAGAGAGGCUGUAUGCAUGUAGGGAGUGUGGCAAAAGCUUCACUGACUCAUCAAGCCUGGCCACUCACAUGCGGACACAUAAAGGAGAUAGGCCGUAUUCAUAUGUCAUAAGAAUGUUCUACCAGGGAGUACUGUUGCUGGACAUCUAG